AUGCAUAUCAAGUACCUCCUCAUCAAUCUUUUCGCCCUGACCGUCUCGGUCAAGGCUCUCCCCGAUGCCGACAACGACUUCGGUCUUGAGGCUCGGGAUGACUCCGACACUCUUGUCCAGCGCUGGGACUGUGGCCAUGACGCCAAGGAAGUCUACGGCAAGUGUGUCUGCAACGACAAGCAGCUCACCUGGAACGGCAAGAAGUGUGUCUGCCCCAAGGAUACCACCUGGCAGUAUGGCAAAUGUGUGCCUAACAAGCCCACUUGCCCCAAGCCUCAGGUCUACAACCCUCACUCCAAGAAGUGUGAGUGUCCCUCCGGCACUGAGUGGAAGUACGGAAAGUGCAUCCCCAAGUGCCCCUAUGGUCAGUCCUAUGACAAGGACCAAGACAAGUGCGUCUGCCCUAAGGGCACUGAGUACAAGUACGGCAAAUGUAUCCCCAAGUGUCCCUACGGCCAAUCCUACGACAAGGAUCAGGGCAAGUGUGUUUGCCCCAAGGGAACUGAGUGGAAGUAUGGCAAAUGCAUUCCCAAGUGCCCUGAGGGCCAGUCCUACAACCAGCACUCCGGCAAAUGCGAAUGCCCUGCUGGCACAUCUUGGAAGUACGGCAAAUGCGUGAAGGACUGCCCCAAGGGACAGUACUACAACCAGCACAAGGACAAGUGCGAAUGCAACAAGGGCACUGAGUGGAAGUAUGGCCAGUGCGUGCCCGUCUGCCCCAAGGGUCAGGAGUACAACAAGUGGUCUCAUAAGUGCGAAUGCCCCAAGGGAACCUCUUGGAAGUACGGAAAGUGCAUCAAGGACUGCCCUAAGGGUCAGAGCUACAACCCUCACUCCAACCAGUGUGAGUGCCCCAAGGGAACUGAGUGGAAGUACGGCAAGUGUAUUCCCAAGUGCUCCAACGGUCAGUACUUCGACAAGGACCAGUGGAAGUGCGUCUGCCCCAAGGGAAAGAUCUUUGAGUACGGAAAGUGUGUCUGCCCCGAGAACCAGGUCGAGAAGUACGGCAAGUGUGUUUGCAAGGAUGGCUUCAAGUUUGAGUACGGCAAGUGUGUCCCUGAGUGUCCCAAGGGCCAGACCUACAACAAGCACACCAAGAAGUGCGAGUGUCCCUCCGGCAAUGUUCUGAAGUACGGAAAGUGUGUCUGCCCCGACAACCAGGUUGAGAAGUACGGCAAGUGUGUCUGCAAGGACGGCUUCAAGUUCGAGUACGGCAAGUGUGUUCCCCAGUGCCCUCAAGGCCAGACAUACGAGCACGGCAAGUGUGUCUGCCCCGCCGGCAAGGUCUACAACAAGUGGCACAAGAAGUGUGAGUGCCCCGAGGGCAAGGUCGAGGCCUACGGCAAGUGUGUCUGCCCCAAGGGACAGAUCGAGCAGUACGGCAAGUGCUCGUGCCCCAAGGGCCAAUACUACGACCGCUGGAGCAAGUCUUGCAAGUGCCCCAAGGACCUGAGCUGGGACGGACACAAGUGCGCCUACGACUGCGGCAAGGACGCCGAGUACAAGUACGGCGGCUGCGUCUGCAAGAAGCACGACCAGGUCUUUGACAAGAAGUCCAAGACUUGCAGCUGUAAGAAGGGCUGGUACUGGGACCAGCACAAGGGUGCCUGCAAGAAGGGCGGUUACUAA